UGGAAUCUGAACUUCUUUUACAUGGCACAAGCAUGUUUUUCCUGGCAGGAGUGGAAAAGAGGAAGGUGUAGUAGAAAAAAACUGCACCGCCUGUUUCUUCUUGGCAGCAGUGGAAGAAUGGCAAUGGGCAAAAACGGCGGCGCUUUUGUUCAAACGGCCAACGAACAUAAGCAAAGCAGGACGAGGACGAGGCAGAGAAAGCAAAAGCAGCACGUAGCAAGCCAACCCAAAGACCUUGCUUUGUUUUCAGUUUCAGCCAUCAGUCCACACUUUCUCCUCUGCUUUUGUCUGCUCCCUCUGCUCUGCCAACAGUAGGAGCAGUGGUAUUGACGAAUCAUGAGUGUGCGUGAGCGUAUCAACGCAUGGGGCCUAUGAAUUCUCAGCUCCUCAUGCCUGCCUGACUGCCGCCAGGGGGUUUCGAAAACCCAUGCUGCAUGCACGCACACAACACACGACAGGCAUAAUUAGCGCCGGGCAGAGUUCAGAUCAUGCCUGUCUCCUGCCCGUGCCGGCGCUCCCUCGCUUUCCAUUCUCCGACAUCGCCUUCUAGCUAGUGCCGGCGUGUGUACGGCGUGGCAACAACAAGUUGCACGCUUUAAGCCGUCUCCCGCCCCACUGAAACUGCAAGCUCGCACACUCAGAGCACAGAGACUGACACCAAGACCUCGACUCGAAGUUGCAGGAGCCAUGAGAUGGGGAAGCAAGAAACAGCAGCACGGGACGUCGCCGUGCGCGCCGGAGCAAGGAGGCGAGGCCGGCGAGCGCAAGGGCAGUGCCAAGAGCAAGGCCUUCUCCUUCUCGCCGCUCUCGUGGCUCGCCAAGCUCGCCUCCAACUCCAAGCUCAGGGCGGCCACCAAGGUUGGCAGUGGCACCACCCCCAAGCACGCGCUCGUGUCCACGCACGAGGAGCGCGCCGCCCCGGCCUUCUCGUCGUGCCUCCGCGAGCGCACCACCCCGGCUAAGGUGGCGAUCGCGCGGGUGGGCCGGCGCAGCUCGCCACGUCGCUCUCCCGCUGCCACCUCUCAAGUUGUACCGCGGCGACUCUUUGUUGGCAAUGGCAACGACAACGCCGACGCCGUCGCCGCGCGCGGCCAUCAUCGCUCUCCCGUCGCCGUUGUCGCCACCGAAGAAGUCGUCCCGCGGCGGCUCUCUGUUGGCAACGACAACGCCGACGCCGACGCUGUCGCCGCGCGCCGGCACUGCAGACCCCGGCGCCACUGCUCCGUCGGCGGCGACCGUGACCUCCAGGCGCCGCUCGGCAAACACAUCCCCUUCUCCCUCGCCGGCUCCCCAGCGCAGCCAGCGCCUCCACCACAGACGGCAUCAGCCGCGGCACCGUCGGACACGGACGGCGGGGGAGCACGGCAGAGGCGUCGGCACCGUGGCCGCCGGCACCGCCGCAGCCUCAGCGGCGGCCGGAGGUCCUCGUUCUCCGGAAAGGUGACGCUGAGGGUGAAGGUCCGGUCGCCACGGCGGUCGGCGCCGGAGCUGGAGAGCCUCGCCGUGGUGCGGCGGACGCGGGACCCGCAGCGGGCGUUCCGGGAGUCCAUGUCGGAGAUGAUCGCGAGCAGCGGAGGGACCGACGCCCGGCCGGAGGAGCUGGAGCGGCUGCUGGCGUGCUACCUCGCACUCAACGCCGACGAGCACCACGACUGCAUCGUCAAGGUCUUCCGCCAGGUGUGGUUCGACCAUGUCAACCUGCCGCCGCCCCGACGCGGCCGGGAGGAACACCCCGGCCGCCACGCGAGGCCGUAAAUUAGUGACUACGUCGCCUCGAACGCAAGCAGUUGCUGUAUGUAUGUAGAUUACGUUCUUAUAUGCCGGAUAUGCCAGUUUUAAUAGUUGCUUGGAAUUUUCGUAAA